AUGGCUGGCGUGCCCCUCUGCGGUGAGACCUGCAGAACAGGAAUUGGUGCUGGGUCAGCAGCCGGCGAUGAAGCCGGACGAAGCCUGCAAACCCCACCCAUACGCCAGCUUCACAUAGCUCCUGUCCAUUGCACAGCAGCGUGGGGAAGCACUGUUCUCUACCCUCCAAGUCCACACCUCUCCUUCUACAGUCCUAGAAAUGGGUCACCCCCUAUAGGAGUCAGAGCCUUCGCCCAGCCCUCAUGCUCUGAGGGUCUUUUUGGUUCAUCACGGGUGCAAUAUGUUGUAGAUGAUGCAAUGAAAAUUGUUUUCCUCAAUACUGACCCCUCUAUUGUAACGACUUAUGAUGCUGUUCAAAAUGUGCAUUCUGUGUGGACUCUCCGGAGAGUCAAAUCAGAGGAAGAGAAUGUUGUUUUAAAGUUCUCUGAACAGGGGGGAACCCCACAGAAUGUGGCCACUAGCAGCUCCCUCACAGCACAUCUCAGAAGCCUCUCCAAAGGAGAUUCCCCUGUGAUUUCACCUUUCCGGAAUUACUCCUCCAUUCACAGCCAGAGUCGCUCAACCUCAUCACCCAGUCUACAUUCUCGCUCACCUUCUAUUUCCAACAUGGCAGCUCUAAGUCGUGCUCAUUCUCCUGCCUUAGGAGUGCACUCUUUUUCAGGGGUGCAAAGUUUCAACAUUUCAAGCCAUAAUCAGUCUCCAAAGAGACAUAGUAUUUCUCAUUCUCCAAAUAGUAAUUCUAAUGGCUCCUUUCUUGCACCAGAAACGGAGCCAAUUGUUCCUGAACUGUGUAUUGACCAUUUGUGGACAGAAACGAUUACUAAUAUAAGUUCUCAAACUUCAGCUGCAUCGGCAUCCCCUAGGGCUCCUGUGAAAACACUGGUGUCUGGGCCAACCAUGGAGUGUCUGGGUGGGGCCUGGGGGUCUGCACUUCUAACAGUUUCCCAGGGACAGUGCAGUUGCUGGCCUGGAGCAUGCUCAGCUGAGGACCGCUGCUCUGAUGCGUGGAGAAGAAACAUGAAGUCCGCAGCUGCCCACAUUCAGGGAAGAUCUUUGAAAGCUCUUCAGACAGUGCCACCCAUCUUCAUGAAGCUGAUCCCCGGAUCUCACUCGCUUGUUUCUCCUCCUUCACCUGCUGAUGAUCAAUGUAGACUUUAG